UCCAAGUCACCUUUGAUCUCUCUUCCCGAGGGUUGCUUAUUUGGUGAAACGUGCAUGGGUUUAGUUUAUUUUUCUCUAGGUUUGCGCCAUUGCACCAAGCCACCAACUCCCACCAUCAGCUUCUUCCCCGUCGAUCGGUGUUGCACCUUCAUCGGAUUGGUUCAGUGCUUCCUUGGUAGCUAGCUGCGUGAUCAACGCAUGUUCUUUGCCUUUCCUUUCAGUGAGAGGAGAAUCAUGACGAAGAUCAACGUUUUAGAUUCAAUCUUUCUUUUACUCAAUAUACAGUAAGGAUUUAUAAUCUUUCCGAUUUUAAGUUUCUUUUAUUCUGAUUUCCAGGUAUCAAAAGUAAAGUACUACUCGAAAAAGAAACAGAUCCAGUUUAAGAAAAUUAUUUCUUUUUUGGCUUGCUUGCAUUGCAAGCCAAAAUAUGUCCAUGUUUCUAAAUUCCAUUUCCAGUCCAAUAGGCAACAAUUCACGUAUUCCCAUGAAGCUUCAUGAUUACGAAUUCAGUCAUAUAAAAUAUACCGGAUUGUUCCCUUGAACACGGAAAGCUGAUACUGCAUUUCUCAGCACUGCCAAGGGCAACAACAACAAGAUCAAGUAGAAAUGGAAUCAAGAUUGUUCGAAGCAGCUCGUUGUGGAGAUAUAUCUGCAUUUCACUCAUUACUCGAGGAAGAUCCAUUUCUGCUCGACCGAGUUGCGUUAAAUUCAGUCUAUAAUCCUCUACACGUAUCCGCAUUGGCAGGACAAGUGGAAAUCACAAAGGAAAUCGUGAGCAGAAAGCCGGCAUUCACUAGGGAGCUAAACGAAAAUGGUUUUAGUCCUAUACAUGUUGCUUCAGCAAAUGGGCACAUUGAGAUAAUAAGAGAGCUUAUGAGGGUUGGAUAUGAUAUAUGCCUUUUGAAAGGGAAAGACGGCAAAGUUCCACUCCAUUGCGCGGCUUUAAAAGGGAGAGUGGAUGUUGUUAAGGAACUGGUGUGGGCUUGCCCCGAGUCUCUUAAACAAGUGACGGGUUGCGGCGAAACCGCCCUUCAUUUGACUGUGAAAAGCAAUCAGAUUGAAGCUGCAAGGGUAUUGAUUGAGGAGAUAAGGAGGUUACAAAUGAUGGAAAUCUUGAACUGGAAAGACACCGAGGGCAACACCGUUUUACAUCAGGCAACCUUCAAUAGACAACAUGAGGCAAGUGUAGUUACAAUUACUUUCAUCUUUUCUUAUUCAUUAAUUCAUUUCUCUUAGAUGUUUCAGUUGGGUGAAUUUGGAUCGGAUUACUUUAAGUGGUACUGGUUUGCAGAUUAUAGGUCUAUUAAU